UAAGUUUAAUGUGCACAAAUAUAAUUUCGGUAACCUCACAACCUCAGAGCAGACAAAGUUGUGCGCACCCCCUGUGAUCUCUGGCGCCCCCCUGGGGUUCAGAGUUGUUCUGGCUUCUCUUCAUUUAUUCACUCAUAAGGACAAGACAAGAUACAGUAAUCAACAAUUCUGUAAAUGGACCAAUAAGGUCAAACCAAGUGUGUGUGCGUAUGCGUGCACGUGUGUGCGUGUGUGUGUCACAGCAUUGUCUUGUUAAACCACCAUCUGCCCACCAGAUGAAUUUACUACUUCACAGAACUUGUUUUUACCCGUCUCUAAAAGAUCCCAUAACCAGGGGAAGGGUUGUGAAGCUCCUUGACCCACUGAUGAGCUGUGCCCUCCUGCUCUGAAGGCUUUACAGACCUGGGCUACUAUAAUGGCUCAGUUUCCCACACGGACUCAGGCUCCCCCUGCCUCAAGUGGACAGACUUUCCAGACUACAUGCAGCAGUACCCAGGCCGAGGCCUGGGGGACCACAACCUAUGCCGAAAUCCAGACCAAGAGGCCAACCCCUGGUGCUUCUUCCGGCAGAGCUCUGGUGCCAUCAGCUGGGCGUACUGCGACUGCCGUCAUGGUGAGCUUAAACUGUGCUGCCAGACUGGUGGGAGGGUCAUCAGGCAACAGUGGGCGUCUGGAGGUCUACCUGAACGGCCAGUGGGGGGCAGUAUGUGAGACACAUUGGACCAACCAUGAUGCCAGUGUCAUUUGCAGACAGCUCGGACUUGGUGAGAUUGGUACAGCCCUGCAGCAUUCCUACUUUGGCCCAGGUUCUGUCUUCCACUAUGAGCGUCUGGGUUGCCGUGGUUAUGAGAAAUCCCUACUGGAGUGCCGGAGCAGGAAGUUUGUCAACGGUAACUGCAACCAUGGCAACGAAGCAGGAGUGGUCUGUGCUGAACCUGAAGGCAUUGGCAUCCCGUUGAGGUUAGUCGGAGGCCUAGAGGAGUUUGAGGGCCGUGUCGAGGUGUACCAUGAUGGCAGGUGGGGAACCAUUUGUGAUGACCAGUGGGAUGACUCUGAUGCUGAGGUGGUGUGCCGACAGUUGAACCUGGGAGGAGUGGCCAAGGCGUGGACCUGGGCCCGCUUUGGCCAGGGUGUUGGUCCCAUCUGGCUGGAUGGCGUGCAGUGUACAGGCAAUGAGCUCUCUCUGGAGGAGUGUCCUCAUAACAUGUGGAAGCAGCACAAUUGUGACCACACGGAAGAUGCAGGUGUGUCCUGCAACCCCUACACAGAUGGUGCAGUUCGUCUGGUGGGAGCAGACAGUCACUGGGAGGGUCGUGUGGAGAUUUACCACCAGGGAGAAUGGGGCACUGUAUGUGAUGACAACUGGACUGAGCUCAAUGCCCAGGUGGUGUGUAGACAGCUGGGCUUCAGUGGCCGAGCAGAGGUGGCUGCUGACAUGGUGUAUGAAGAAGGUUGUGGGCCAAUCCUACUGGAUGAGGUGCAGUGUCAGGGAACAGAAGCCACUCUACUGGCCUGCACCCACUCUGAGUGGGGCCAGCAUGACUGCUCCCACAGUGAAGAUAUAGGUGUCCGCUGUGAGACGGGAGGUUUUGCCAGUGACAUACCAGGCCCGUUGCCUCCACCUGGCCCUCUGGUGCGUUUGGUUGCUGGAGAGAGCAGAAAGGAGGGGAGAGUGGAGGUCUUUCUCAAUGGCCAGUGGGGAAGUGUGUGUGAUGACAACUGGAAUGAUGUCAGUGCAGCUGUAGUUUGCAGACAGCUGGGAUUCACUGGUGUGGCUAAAGCUCGAUCCAUGGCAUACUUUGGGGAGGGCCAAGGUCCCAUCCAUCUGGACAACGUUCGAUGCUUGGGCACUGAGACAUCCUUAGGCCAGUGUCCAGCUGUGGGUCAAGAUGACCAUGACUGUCGCCACAGUGAGGAUGCAGGUGUCAUCUGUGAUUACACUCUGGAUCCUGUGGGAGACGGUGCCAUGGCAAUGCAGACCUGUGGCCUGAGACUAAAUAAUCAGCGUCGCCGACGGAGGAUUAUAGGAGGAGAUAAGUCACUGAGGGGUGAAUGGCCCUGGCAGGUGUCUGUGUGGCUCAGGUCUCAGUCUAAAGGAAGUCAUCCUCUGUGUGGAGGAUCAAUCAUCAACCCCUGUUGGGUUGUGACUGCUGCCCACUGCUUCAAGCGAUUUGGCAGAGACCCAUCCCGCUAUGUGUUGCGCCUGGGGGACUACCACACCGAGGAGCAGGAUGAUUUUGAACGCACCUUGUCCCCUGAACGCAUCGUUAUCCACAGAAAGUAUCACAAUCAAGGCUGGGAGUACGACAUUGCCCUGCUGCGGCUCAAAGGCACAGAGGGUAACUGUGUGGCAUUUAAUCCUCACACUGGUGCAGUGUGUCUGCCGGAGCCAGGUAACAAGUGGGAGAAAAGGCCUGCUGCCUGUGUGAUCACUGGCUGGGGCAUCACAGAUUCGGAGUACUCCCGGACUCUGCUCCAGGCCUGGGUCCCCCUGCUUCCAGCCUGGAAGUGUAAAAAAAGAUACGGUGGUCGUUUUACCAGGCGCAUGCUGUGUGCUGGGAGCCUGUCAGAGCACCACCGCGUGGACAGUUGCCAGGGCGACAGUGGGGGUCCACUGGUUUGCCAGGGGGAGGGGGGCCACUGGGUGCUGACCGGAGUCAUCUCCUGGGGUCAUGGUUGUGGUAACCCCUUUUUCCCUGGAGUGUACACGCGUGUUAGCAGGUUCUUGCGAUGGAUUGAUAAGGUCAUUAACAAACCCUUUAAGAACUAAUGAUGGAGAUUAUGACUGAACUCUAGAUAAGUAAUGUUAUUAAGUGGCAAUCGCACUUGUGAAGGGAAGUGCAUAAGAUUGAGGCUUGCUGGCCACUGCUUCUGUGUAGUGCCUUCUACACUGAGCUAUUAAGAUCAUUAGUUUCUUUUUCCACAUCAAUUUAAAUAGUGUAAUAGGUGUGACACAGAGUGAACUCAUGCCAAAUUCUCAUACAAUAGGGGACACCUGAUUUGUUAAAUAUGUCAAGGAACUUGGAUCAGCGCCAGUGAAGGGCAGUGAAGGAAGUGGUAAGAGUUUCUUACUUCAAUGACUUAUUGUGGAUUUGAUGUUCCUCAAAACUGUAAUACGUGCCUGUUUCCUGCACCUCUUCAUCUAACUAGUUCGAUGGUUACUUCUUCUUUCAUUUCACAUUCACAAAAGGGCAUUUAAAACUGAUCUGCCCUUAAAAAGUUAGCUGUACUGGAGAACAGUACCCAUGCAAAUUGACUGGAAUAGACAAAAACAUUGACACACCUGAGACACAAGACCUGUGGCAAACAUAACUGGAUACUGCUACCUGUAAAAUAGUGGACCCAAGAAGACCUCUUGGUGCAUAUGGCACAGUUUGAUAAUGCUAUACUUAGCUAGUCUUGUGAAAAGUUGAAUGACAUUGCACUAAAAUAUAUGCCUUACAAUCAGACGGUCAGAGCCAGUGAAAGAAUGACAGUAAUGCAGAAAAAGCAAAUGCCUUUGCAAAAUGAUGUGUUGUGUAUAGUUGCGUAAUACUAAAUUUGUACAUGUUAUUUGUCUUAACAUUCCAAGUGUGCAUUUCUGAACCAAAACCAAAGGUCCAUUAUUCAUCAUUAUUCCAACAAUUAAGGUCAUCAUUGUUGCCAAAUGUAUUUCUUUUAGGCAAAUUCCUGGAACAGUUCAAGUGGGAGGAACUUAAUACAGGUGAACAAAUAUCUAAUGAAAGGUACAGAAUGGAGGUGAGAAACAUCAAGUUAUCAUAUUUAAAGGGUGAAAUGAAGCCAUGCAUGGUAUAGGAUACCCCAAAUGGACUCAACACUACUAUGUCUAUGAUGCAUUUUAACACAUUAUGAACAUACUUAUAAUGCAUUAUAAUGUGCAUAUAGUGCCCUACAAUUACAGUUAUAAGCACCCAUCAAGGAAAAUAAAUUAUUGUUAUGAUUAUAAGAAUAAGCAUAACUCAUUAUUAAACUAUUGUCUAUAAUGCAUUUUAUUACACGGCUCUUCUUAAUGCUGUAGAAUGCUCCAUUCACUUGAAUGGGCCUUCCCAACAUUCGGCGGUCAAUCAUUUUUGUGUAAAUGACCGUUGCCAAGCAUAUCUGACCAUUGUCAAGGAAAGUGGCCUUUUUGCCUCUGAUUUACUUAUUUCAUGGCACUCUGCGCUCUAAAAUCUUUGCUAGUAGUCCGGUCACUUAUCACCCCAGCAUCUUUGGUCGCUAAGCGACGUCAGCUGAUCUGUUGUCUACUUCAUAUCGGGGAAAACUACUCCUAGGCCACUAGUAUGGAUGAGUUUCACAUUAACUUUAAUAUUCUUGGAAAAUACGGUGAUUUCAACUCGUGGCACAAGGAUGAUGUGUCGUCACUGGUCAAGAAAAGAAAAAGAGAGGAAAGCAGGGAAGAGGGAGAAGUAAAAUGGCGUCGGUUUGGCAAACUAUAUUUCUCUGCUGAAAAACACUAUGAACGGUAACAAAUAAAUUGUAAAAACACACACUGUCAUGUUUUUUUUCAUGUUGGCAAGUAACCGUGUAAUAAGCGGUUGGAGUCCAGUUCAUCCUGCUGGGACUUAUUUAACCCGCCGUUCUAUACACUAUCCCUUACAUAAACAUCAAUAUAACAGAUAACUGUUUUCUAUUCAUUGUAUGUUAGUAGAAGUGGUUAAUUGAAGAAAAUACAUGUCACAGAGUUUGGCGUGCUCUUCUUUCAUUGUCUUAAUCUUUAACACAGGGAUUUUAUUACUUCACUAAAAGCACCCAAUGGACACUUUAAAGUGACUUAUAAUUAUAUGAUAAUGCAUUGUAAUAACAAUUAUCGUGUGUCAUAAAAUGGUUGUACUGUAUUACAAUUAUGAGAAUUUUAAUACGCUAUGGUCCACCAAAAAUGGUGAGUGACCAGCAAUUAUGAAUUACCUUAGAAAUCAUUACAAAACGCUUUAUAAUGUGUUAUGCACAUUUUUUUAUAAAGGAUUCUAAAUAUUCAUGAGUGUAAUUAUGAUUAUAGAGCAAUAUUGGUACAUUUUAACACAUUAUGAGUAUGUUCAUAAUGCAUUAUUAUACAUUACAAACAUUUCAUAAAAAGUGUUACUACUUCGAGUUGGCUGCAACAUAAAGAAAGCCUUCCUGAUUGAACUUACACUAAGCUUCAUUUGAUUGUAGAAUUUCAUCCCCAUUUCACUUUAAAUGGGCAAUCACUUUGGCUUGAGACUGAAACAGACUGAGGUUUUUUGCGAAGUUACGUUUUGUUUCCUUAAAUGUAACUAAUUAAAUGUCUGUAAAAUAACAUUUACUGUCUACUACCAUACAGUGUAAAUCCAUUCAAAGGUCCACACAUGGCUUGGUGAGGCUUAUAAGACUGUAUAACCAAGGGCCUGUAAAAGCCUCAGGUGUAUUAAAUGGAUAUUGGUUUGUGGUCAACAACCAUAACUGUGUUUGCAGAUGUGGAAAUAUAUACGGUAUGUUAUCAACUGAUCAUAAGAGUCAUGAAUUCUGAUCUUGAGGCCUUCUGUCAAAAUACAGUUUAACAAACUUAAAAAUUUCAGUUUAUUUUGUGUUUACAAGGUGAAAAAUCCUGAAUUAAUUUGCAUUUAUUUUUAGAAUUCGGAACACACUGCAUGUGUACAGCUGUAAUGAAUACAACAAGAUAUACAGUGUGUGCUGUGCUUUGGCCAAUGUAGUUUUAUUUUUUAUAGUAUUUUUGUUUAUUUAUCUGAAAAAAACACAUCAACAUGGACUUUGUUAUGCUGUAUUUAUUUGAGAACUGUUGAUUUUAGCAUAGUUGCAUUCCACUAUGAGAGUAGAAAAAAGUGUAUGUAUGUUGCUGGAACAUUUAAGAUAAUGUGUUUAAGUCAUACAACAUCAGUAUUCAACCACAAUGUACUUAAUAGAGACUAGCAGGCAAAUUUUUGUUCACCUUGAAACCUUUUGUGUACUUAGCAGAUGCAAUUCAAUAAAUAUCUCAAAAACUAAAUGCAUUGGCUAUAUCAAUAUAAUGUUCAUUUCCUCACUACAUGCUUCCUUCUCACCUUCUCUCCAGGGCUCUCACUAUCUCUUUUAAACAAAAAUGUUUCUCACAGAUUAAUGUUUUGAUUUUUGAGUUUUUGUUCUGCUUUGUUCUCUCUCAUUGUUGCCAAUAAUACUAUAAUACUGCCUUUAAAGCUUUGAAUGUGAAAUAGAUUGCGGAAGUAUUCUUAGACUUAUGCCCGCAACGGGGGGCCUUGUGAAUGGAUGAGGCCUUCAAGUUCUUAAGUAGAAAGCAUGGGUUUGAUUUAAACAAGGAUCCUGAGUUGGAGAGAGCAGGUCUGUAUAAGUGUAGGAGAUACUACUUGAAUUAUUCCAAAUAUCUAACUACACAAGUUAGCUUGGACAGUUAGAGUCUCAUAUUCUGUAUUUAAUCUCCUUUCCUGAAGUAGUGAUUUCUUUACACGGGUCCAUCAAUUUGCCACAUCAAAUUAAAUUUGCAGAGACAAGGACAUACGGUUAUAUAUGUUUAUUAGCUAAAUAAUGCAGAGUAAAAAAUAUGAAAUAAAAAUUCAGAUCCACGAAUACGGUUCCGGAUCUUUUCUCGCUUGGCUGCGGAUUUGCGGCAGCGGUCCAACAGCUGGAGGAUGAUGUUGCGAUUCAUCUUUGGUGACGAAACUCACAGGCCCAAAGGAGUUUUCCAUUUGAGUGCACUGCUGGUGGUCUUUUGUGGCUGGAAGUUAAUUUCUCUGUUGAGCCGGACAUGUUAUCCUGAUUUCUUGAACAGUAAACUACUGCACAGGCUUCUGGAUAAUGAGCAAAGUUUUAGCAGAGUCUCUUCGGGCGGUAAUUCUUCAGCUUCCGUUCUGAGCUGAUUUAACUUUCUUGUUUAAAAAUAACUGGAGGAUGAGACGCUGGCCGGGCGAAUCUUCCUUAGUCACUAAAUACAAGAAUUAGAAAAAGUAACCUCUUCUGAGUCGGCAAGGAUACCUUAACAAUAUAUAAAAGAAGACAAAAAAAAAUAGUUUCGUUCUUGCUCGGGCCUUUAAAAUAAAAGCGCUUGGAAAAGCGCUUCAAACCGCGAGUGAAAAAUUCAACACGUGGUUUAAAUCCGCAGAGAUUGCAAGUCUCGGAGCAUGUCGCAAAAAUGAAGCAAAGUACAGAAAUUAAAGUUAGAGUAAAUAAGUUACGCGUUCCUAAAGUUUUAGAGAGAAGACAGAGAGAAAGAUCGAAGUUUUCUCUUUUUGAAGUUUUAGUCUGA